AUGGCUGAUUCCGAACCCGUUCACUUCUUCGAUAUCUUCUCCGAUUUGCCAGGCGCAUCCAAGUCAUGGUCUCCGAAUACCCUCAAGACGAGGAUGGCCCUCAACUUCAAGGGCAUUCCCUAUACGCAGAGCUGGAUCUCAUAUCCCGAUAUCGUACCGCUGAUGAAGGGAUUGGGUGUUUCGCCAAAUGAAGUCGGCACGCCAUACACCCUGCCGGCAAUUAUUCAUAAGUCUGUGAAGUCCAAUCCCAACGGGGCUAUGAUGGACUCGAGGCCCAUCGCCGUCCACCUGGACAAGACUUUCCCGUCGCGGCCACUUUUUCCGUCGGGCGACGCUAGCUAUGCGCUCUCGGUUGCUGUUGAAAAGGCUAUUGGCGGGCUGAGGCCAGCAAUGAUGCCGCUCAUUCUUCCCCGAGUGGCGGAGCAUAUGGAUCCUAGAGGUAAGGAGUACUUUGUUCGCACACGCUCGGAGAUCUUUGGAAAGCCUCUUGCCGAGGUACGACCCACGGACCAGGAGGGCAUACAGGCGCUGUGGGAGAUCCUUCAGAACGAAUUCAAGUUCUUCGUCACAUUGUUGAAGGGGAGAGAAGGGAAAACCGGUCCGUUCUUCGAGGGUGACAAGCCGGGCUAUGCGGACAUGGUCCUCGUUUGCUGGAUUGCUUUCUUCCAUCGAUUUGAUCUGGACGCUUGGGAAAUGAUCAUGUCUCAGGGAGAUGGGGAGCUAAAAGCGCUUUGGGACGCUUGUCUACCGUGGAUGGAAGGCCAGGGCGAGGAUAAGGACUGGCCGAUCUCGCAAUAG